UCAGGGCCCGCGUGCAUACGGGCGCAAAUGAUCAGAUGUGCAUCGGACGGAAAACAGUAUGUUUUGCCAGCAACAGCUUUACUUUCGCUGCCAUAAAGUUGUACUUUGGCAUAGCAGUGCGUAGCUGGGUGCCGAAACCUAAGACAAUGAAGAGGUGAUACAAUGCAGAAGGGUGCCAAGACAUAUACGGAAGUGAAGUAUGAAAGCUCGGAGUUAUCCAGAAGACUCUAUCGGAGUGCCUCAGAAACAGCCCGGCGCUUGGAGGAGUGGCUUCGGGAUGCUUCCUCGUUUGGAGCUUACUUUUCUCAAGAGGUGAUGCAUCUCAGGGCAAGGCUGAAGGAUUACUGUGAACGCCUCCUGUUUACCGCUCCACUUGAAUACGGCCGUCAAGCAGAGGAACUUACCUGGCGCAAGGUUUACUAUGAUGUCGUGCAACACUACAAGGCUACAAAGGCUACUGCAGAGGAGGAUUAUGUGGCCGAGCUGCGAGCCCACCUGCAUUCUGGCUUGGGCCACUACCACCACCUGUUGCUGAGGCUUCAGGCUGAAGCACAAGUGAACCUGGAGACAAAUGUGGACGUGCCACUAAUUUGGGAGUAUGAAGGCCUGAACAGAGGAACGCGCUGGUCCCAAAAACGUCCAGCUGAAGAUAGAUCCGCUCCUCUACCGGUGGAGAAUGUACUCUGGGCCAGACAGGCCACCCAUCGGUUUCUUAUUGCAUUGGGUGAUAUAGCACGCUACCUGAUCGAGCUUGAGGACCGAGAGCAUGGUCAAUGGGCUGCGUUGUCUGCCCGCUACUACUGGCAGGCUCUGUCGCUGGACCCUGGCUCUGGCAUGCCCCACAACCAGCUGGGCACGCUGGCUGCUGGUGAUACUUGCCAAGCUGCUUACCACUUUCUGCGAUGCUUGCAGAGCAGCCAGCCAUUUGAAGGGGCACAGGGGAACCUUUUGCGCCUGUUAGACAAGAACAGCAGCCAGCCGUCUCCUGUGGAUCAACUGAGAGACGGGUGCAAACCAUCAGCACUCUUUACAAGCGGCUACCUGAGAUUGUGCGAGCAGUUCUACACAUACAGUGACACCAGUGGCCUGCAGAGCCUGUGUGAGGAGUGCUUGUCACAGCUGACUGCCAUUUUGGAGCAACCUGAGGACGAGGCAGAGUUGGUCUUCCAGGCAGCCGCCAUGGCCAUCAUUUGCACUGACAAGCUGCAUAAGUCAGGGCCCCAUCCUUUGAGCAGUGCUGCGGCUGCCUUCACAUUGAACAUGUUUUCCCGUGUGGCUGCGACCUGCUGCCACCUUGUGUCUCAGCGCUCCCUCACAGGACCUGAUGUGCCUGCAGUUACAGAUCUACUGGCUGAAUCUACGCUGCCACAAGACAGCUCUUUCGCUCCCGUCACCAAUGGCAGGAUUCCUGGUGCUGAAGUGGAAGAAGAGUCUUCACGUUACUCUCCUCCGCUAAACAGUGAUGACAAUCUACUCUUUACCGACCUGGCACGUGUAACUCUGCUGCCAACUGUGAAAAUGUUCUGUGACUGGCUCAUCGGACGGACUGAUUUGAUCGGACCUUGCACACAGGCCAGAACACCCUUGUGGCAGCACUUGGCCUCCCUCUUCAACUUGGUGCUGCCAUUCAUCCGACCAUUGUAUCCUAUCGCACUGACAGAGAUGACGCUACCGGACACGCCAACCAUGUGUCCUUUACCAGAAGACAUCUGCCUGCAGGGAACUGCAGCAUUGUCUGCAGCUCACAGCAAGAUCAACUGGGAGCUGAGGGCACAAGACGGACAAGAGUGCCAGCUACGCCUUCUGUACCUGGUGCGCUUUGGGCAGUGGCUAUAUGAGAGACCAGGAUCUGGGUUGCUAUACAGCCAUGGCCAGUUCCAGCCCAAGGUGCCAAUAAUGACCAAUGGGACUUCAUCACCAGUGUCAUUAACCAAUGACAUCCUCAUGGUGGGUGGUGGUGAGGGAGGAGGGGGUGACGAGAAGCGCAAGCGGGUGAUGCGUAGCAUGGCCCACCUGUGGCUGGAGCAGGAGGUGCGGGACCUGGAGGGGCAGCUGGGCCAGGCAGGCAGGCAGGCCGCACCACCACCCUUCCUGGUGCCACACACACAGGUGCUCUGCACACGCCUGGUUCACCUGCGGCGCCUUGUGGCUUCCCGACGCUUUGUGCUGGUCGUGCCCUCACACGUGAUCGCAUGCCUGGACCUGCUGAAACGGGAAAGCGUCGGAGCCCGGGAGUCCAUCCGCUGGCUUGAGGGGGAACUGCGCAGAGGAAGCAGAUAUGUGCGGUCUCAGAAGAGCCAUGAGCGCCUCUCUCUGUCUCCUAUGAAGUACCCAAAACGCAAAGAGAAAGAAGCCUGGGAGCUGUUCCAGAUCCUCGAGUGCUGCCACCACCUGGAGAAGCAGUGCCCUCGUGGGGGGCACCCAGCUGACCGGCCUCUGGUUACGCUACUUGUCUGUUCUGGGCCACCCGGCAUGUUGAGCGGCCUGCCACCCAACGCAACUGCCGUCGCCAGCUCUGCAGGCAUUAACAUGGAGGAUGUAGAAGCAUUCACCACCAAGUGGCUGACAGCAAGUGUGCCCAGAACACAGCCUGGCUGAGACAUCAAGGAAUGAUUCCCGAGUAUUCACAAUAAAUCCUUUGGAGGCGAGAAACAAGCCCUUCGACCAACCACGCAGGCAAACCGCUCUUAUUUGCAGCAAGUAUGGGAAUCCUGAGUCUUGCAUUACAACAAGAUCGCCGCAGUGGCUUUUGGUGACACAUCAGCUGAGAUGCUGGCGAUUCUUCCACAUGCGUAAUUCGCAGCCAUCUGUCAGAUGGUGGAAGGCUGAAUAUAUCUUUUGUCAAAGAAGCCAGCAGUACAGUUUGGGCUGGUUAUUGAUUUUGCGUACUUGUAUCGACUUGGGCACUCAACAAAGUCUUUUUUUUUUUUUUUUGACAGUGUACUAGUAACCUGAUUUGUGCACCUUGUGCACAAAGUGAAGUGUUUAGACAAGUCAACUGGUAUGACUGAUGGUUUAGCAUUCAACAUACUCAAGUAAGUUUACUGCAUUCAAUUGCAUAAGUACUUGUGUUUUCACCUUCUUCUUUAUCAUUAAUAUGAUGAAACAUUUUCCUGCCGUUUUGCCUUGCAUCAACUGGUUAAAGGAAACUGGUUAACGGAACAUUAUGAUUCAUAUUCAAAAAGUAACAACACUGCUUCAAUAAAAAAUUGUAGCAGAAAUAUUACUCAUAAAACAAGCAAAAGAUAUAAUGUAGCUUCUUGUACAUCAUUCAGCAAGAUUUUAAAAAUUGGAAGGGCUUAAAUUUAUGGUAUUCCAUUGAAACUUUUGGCAGAGCACUAAAUGACUGCACAAUUGCGGCAACAUGUGGGCUCGUGCGUUUAUCUUUCUUUCCCAUUGUUUAGCGCUCCACUAAGUUUGACUGACCAUUUGAGUUGUCUGUCUAUUUGUGUUGCAGACUUGUUACUCAUUGGAUUAAAUCCCAGCAGGCUUAACUUUAUCGAAUGCAAGCUACAUUCAGCACCACAUCGUUAUUACCUACAUGUAUUAUGAGCUGCCUAGUAACCCUGCAAACAGUUUCAAAAAUUCACUUGAAAAGACUGCAUAAAUGCUUUUAUGCUACUUUAAUACUUGAGCAUGCAACAUGCCUGCUCAUAAACGGUGCUUUAUCGUCAGCACAAUGACUGCUUUUUAAAUUGUUUUUUCAGCAUAUGCAGACAGACCAGCACAAUUUCCUGAUGCCACUGAGCCUGGCAUAAUUUUUUUUAUAUCAUGCUAUUAUUUGAGUUCCAUAAACCUUUUACUGUUAUUUAGAUAAAUUCAGCCAAGUUCUCUAUUGAACUGUUCAUGCUGUCCAUCAUCUGCGAAGAUUCUAGGUAAUGUGACAGUCUGUUUACUUGUCUUGUCUAGUAGACUUUACACAGGUCAUUAUUGCUGCAUCUUGUUUGUUUGUUUGUUUGGGUGCCAAAGUUGCGUAGCUAUACUUGAUACCCGUCAAAAAACAGUAAAUGUUGAAAUCAGUGCCAUUCAAAGCGCGGUAUUUUUUAUUUCAAAUAAAAAUAUUUUGUGUUGUCAGCA